GUCUCAAUCCACAAUAUGCCUUUUUCAUUAAUUUGCAUCAAUCUGAAACAUUUGAAAAAGCUAUUUCUAUUGCUAUUGAAACAGAAACUGGAUUCAAAACCACUUAUAAUAAUCCAUUUACAUUGGCAACCUCAACUAUACUGUACAAUUAUAGAUUACCAAUACAACCAAACACAUCAACAACAACCAAUAACACUGACAUUAAUACAACUUU